UGUGAAAGCAUGGAGGGCGGGAGUAUUGCUUUGCUGUUGCUCCUGUCACUUCCUGAAGUGAACACUGCCCAAAUGUGUGGUGUGACAAACAGAGGAUAACGUGUAAUAUUCUGGACCUCUGACACACCAGAUCAGGAAAUAUUAUCCUACAGCAAAGAUUAUAUGCACAAGCUGGUGUAAAACAUGUUCCUGUGGCAAUGUCUGACACUGCUUCUGCUGAUAACUGUUCAAAUAUGCAAAGCUCAGAGAUGUGAUGAAUUUACAGACCUAAAUUUCAGUCACGCAAUCAUUGGAACCAUCCUCAAAAUCAGGCUGUUGCUGUACACCAGGGAUAAUGGCACCUGUGGUACUCUCAUGUCCCACACCAACCUGUCCGCGCAUCCCCAGUUUAACUUGUCCAGACCAACCACCUUCAUCAUACAUGGGUACCGGCCCACAGGAUCUCCACCAAUGUGGCUGCAAAGCGCCACAGAGCUGCUGCUGGCCAAGACAGACAUUAAUGUCAUAGUAGUGGACUGGAACCGCGGAGCAGCAAAUGUGAAUUAUUUUAAGGCAGUGGAGAACACACGCAAGGCAGCCAACAACCUCACUGCUUUCAUUGAAAAGAUGCAGAAACAUGGUGCUUCUCUGAGCUCCAUCCACAUGAUCGGAGUCAGUCUCGGGGCUCAUAUAUCAGGCUUUGUAGGGGCCAACCUGAAUGGGUCAAUUGGAAGGAUUACAGCUCUGGAUCCCGCUGGACCUCAAUUCAUUGACAAACCUCCAGAGGACCGACUGGACUCCUCAGACGCCCAGUUUGUGGACGUCCUGCACACAGACAUAGAUGCCCUGGGCUUCAGAGAACCUCUAGGUCACAUUGAUUUCUAUGCUAAUGGUGGAACGGACCAACCAGGCUGCCCAAAGACCAUCUUUUCUGGAGGAUCCUAUUUUAAAUGUGACCACCAGAGAUCAGUGUUGCUCUUCCUUGACUCUUUAAAUCAGAUGUGUGCCAGCAGGGCCUACCCCUGCUCCUCCUACAAAGACUUUCUGGAUGGUAACUGUUUGAGCUGUGACCAGUUUGGUGCUGCUGGAUGUCCUGUUUUUGGUUAUGACAUCACAGAGUGGAGAGAUGUCUUGCUGAGGCUGGGCCAAACAAAAACGUUCUAUACCACAAAUGCAAAGUCUCCUUUCUGCAUGACAGACUACAAGGUGGAUGUGAUGAUAUGGAACGAGGAUGAACGCUGGGGAUACAUUACUAUUAAACUUCACGGUAAUGGUGAAGAAGCAGUGGCAACCAUUGACCAUAAAGCUGCAAAGUUCAAGAAGUACACAGAGACCAAGUUGUUGGCACAGUUUGACAAAGACAUUCAGUCAGUGAAAAAGGUGUCUCUCAAAUUCUCCACUGGGAAUGUAUUCAAGCCCAAAUAUAAGCUCCGCGUUCUCCGAAUCCGUCUCACAAAUCUGGAACGCAAGGAGAGGCCUCUCUGUCGAUAUGACAUCCUUCUUCAGGAGAACGAAGAGAUCACCUUCAGGCCCAUUCCCUGCAAAGAAUCCAACUUCUGAGACAGAAUCGGGCCGCAUGUCAAAAGAUUUCACUGUUCGUACUGGAAGAGAUUCUGCUGACUCUUCAGUCCCUCCAGGAUUGUACAGGGAAACAAUAAGGACUGCAACAGUAGCAUAUCAAAAGUACAAACCUGGCAGCGAUGUGAUCAUUACUGAUCUGAAAAUGAAAUGUGAUAUACCAUAUGAUUUGUAUGUGUUUUUAAGAGAAAAUAUAUAAGCGUUUUUUGUUUGUUUUUUUGCCCCAAAGGGAAUUUACAUGCAUUUCACUUGUGGGGGAAGUUAAACUUUUCAUUCAUGCAUUUGAAAAUUAUUCAUCUCAAAUGAUUUAUGAUGACAAGUUAUCUGCAACAACAAAAUCGAGGCUGGUUUCAAAAGUAUUCAAAAUAUUUAUUUGUGUAUAUAGAUUCAUCCUUAACUAUUACUAAAAUAUCAAGACAAUAAUGGCAAACAUCUUUAAUGAGUUCACAAUGCUCCCACACAUCAACAACUGAUGAAUUAACUGACAGCUUGGUCAGUCAAUUUUCUGUACCAUCAAAAGGCAAAAUGUUACAUUUUUGAAAACUAAAUGCUCCUAAAAUAUGACAGAAGCUUCAUGUUUGUGCCUCCACAUCACAUAGUUAUAAACAAAUUGUAGCUUAGCCCCAUAGCUGCAGAUUAACUGCUGGCUCUCCUCUCUGCUCAUUUCUCUUGUCAAAUGUUUUAUUGGAUAAACGAAAAAGUAUUAAAAACCAAUUCAACAGUGAUGAUCUCCAACACAUACCCAACAUUCAUUACAAAUCUGGGUUCCCAUGAGAAACAGAAAACACAUUUUUUUCUCUAUAUGGAAACCUCAAGAUACUUAUAUAAAUAUUUCCCCCACCACAAGAUGCUAAAGAUGCCACAGUCAUUAAGAGUCCAUCUAUAGAAAUAAAUAAAGCAAAUUGAAUGCAUAACAGGGCCAU